GAACGAAUUCUAAACGGACGGUUUUAACGUACAUGAAUAUUCCAUUCGGUGCAUAGAUAUUUGUUGGCUAUGUUGAUUGAUCAUGUCAUAGAUACGUUUUACUUAUACAAAGUCUAAAGUCCGAUACAGUAUAAAAUAAUAUAAAUUCAUUAUACGAGUGCAGUGAUAAAUACGUAAACGAAAUUUUUCUCGGGUUCAUCUGAUAAUGUCUACUCGGUAGGAAUGUGUUCGUGAUUUAGAGAGAAAGAUAUGCGCUGUAAUAAGAUAUUACAUAAAUUGACGCAACGUAGUAGGCCGAUUCUUUCUCGAUCUAACCUGGUAAACACUGUCAAAUUUACAAGUAGGAAAAUGUCGAACGAUAAUAAAGCCCUCGAGGAGACUAGGACUAUAUUAAAGAAAAUAUAUUUCGCCGGUAUUCACGCCGUGUCGCCGAAGACUCUCGUAUUGAACAAAGUUAGAUACGAGAAAGGGGUGUUGUACAUUGGAGACGAGCUGCAAUUCGAGUUAAAGGAGAACGUUUAUAUGGUCGGUUUUGGGAAAGCUGUGUUGGGUAUGGCAAUGGUCCUCGAGCAUGUGCUCGGUGACUGUUUGAAGAAAGGUAUCGUCAGCAUUCCUGCUGCGUCUGUAGAAACUUUAUGGAACUCCGAAGACAAAUCAUACUUUCCUAGAAUAGGAGAUAGCGUGGUAGACUAUUGCGAGGGCGGCGAGAACAAUCAGGCAGAUGAGAGGUCAUACGAGACCACGCACAACAUUAUAGAUUUAGUAGAAUCAUUGAAAGAGGACGACUCUUUAAUCGUAUUGGUAUCCGGUGGUGGUUCCGCGUUACUUUACAUGCCGAGACCCGCGAUAGAUCCCGAUGACAAAUUGCAUGUAUGUAGAAUGCUUCAGGCAGCAGGAGCUGACAUCAAAGAGCUUAACAUAGUAAGAAGCAAACUGUCUAUGGUGAAAGGUGGUGGUCUGGCUCGAAUGGCUUAUCCAGCCAGCAUACUCUCUUUGAUACUGUCAGAUAUCGUAGGUGAUCCUAUAGAAUUAAUUGCCAGUGGCCCAACGGUGUACUCUAACAAGAGGCCGAAGGAAGUGGUAGCUAUUUUGAAGAAGUAUAACUUGUUCGAUAAAGUGGAGGGUGAUGUAAAGAAAUUGUUGACGUCCAAGGAAAGAUUCUCUGAUAAGAAGCUAUUAGCUAAGAGGAAGAAGCAGUUCAAGCAUGUGACCAAUUUCGUUUUGGGGAAUAACUCGGUGGCGAUGGAGGCAGCUGCUUUGGAAGCGUACAAUCAUAAACUCACGCCCAUUAAGUUGAGAUCAGACGUCGUCGGCGAUGUGCACGAUGUCAGCUUGGCGUAUACUCACCUGACUAGCCUCGUGUGUCUCGCAGUGGAUAAGAUUCUGGAGAAAGAGGAGUUCUUCGAGAGGGUGAAAGAUAUCCCUAUACUCUCGUUGACUGCUCCACAAGUGGACGAGAUUUACAAUUUAAUCGACAACAUAAGCGAGGAGGGAUUGGUGUUGAUAGGAGGAGGAGAACCAACGGUGGUUCUCAAAGGUAAAGGAAAGGGUGGCAGGAAUCAAGAAUUAGCGUUACACUUCUCGUUAGACUGGCUGGCGAAGAUCAAGAGCUAUCCUCGGUUUGCGAAAUUCGAGGUGAUCAUGUUGAGCGCAGGCACCGAUGGUCAAGACGGUCCUACCGACGCUGCAGGUGCGUUUGGCUAUCCUGCGAUCGGGCCGCUCAUUCACGAUCUGUAUCAGAAAGUAAAAUCCAUAGCUUCGACGGUGAUAGUUCAAGAAAAUGAAAAGAAGGAAGCUAUGAUGAAGAAAAAAGAAGAGAAGGAACAACUGAAUUUGAAACUCGAGGCACGUAGAGAGAUAUGCAAGAUGCAGGAGUUGAGUGGUUCUCUAGUAAGGAAAAAGGAGAAGAAAGAAGAUGAUGAGGAUGAGAUAUACGAACCAGAGGAAAAGCCUGUCGAUAAAGAAAAGAUGUUACAAGACGAAGAAGACUUGGACAAGACGUUACCUUUUAUACUUCGUACGAUGGAGGUGGAGCGUAUAUUGCCUGAAAACACUUUAAAUAACAAUGAUUCUUACAAUCUGUAUUCGAGGUUUAAGAAAGGUAUCGAUUUAUUUAAACCUGGCCUUACCGGUACCAACGUCAUGGAUCUACAUCUCAUUCACGUCAGAAAACGAAAAUGCGAGUGUAAAGCAGACUUCGGGAAGGAGGUAGCCGAGAACGCUUUGGACAGCCACGAUUUAUCUAUUGAUCCUUCGACCCUUGAAAAGUAUAGAGACAGGCAUAGGUGGGAACCGUUUAAGUUUGAAAAACACGAAGUCAGACCGUCGGUUCUGGCCAAGGAAAAGGCUGAACAAUUGAACAUAAAGAUCAUCGACGAUAAUUUAAUGGAUCCGUGCUGUCGUAAAGACAGGAAAUUCCCUCUUAAGAAUCUCUUGAAGGGCAAAGAUCUCCCACUAAAGAAAGAUUCAGAUUCAGAUUAAAAACUUUUAUAAAGAUAUCUGUAUACAUCGGAAUCGAGAUCUAAAUAAAUGAAGCAUCACUGGGAGCUUUUACAAUACAAA